ACCUCUGAUGAGUCCACUACGCCAGAAGAAUCUACAGCCACCUCUAAUGAGCCUGCUACAUCCGAAGAACCUGCUACAUCUGAAGCACCGGCUACAUCUGAAGCACCGGCUACAUCUGAAGCACCGGCUACAUCUGAAGCACCGGCUACAUCUGAAGCACUGGCUACAUCUGAAGCACCGGCUACAUCUGAAGCACCUGCUACAUCUGAAGCA